AAUGAUAAAGAAUGUUUUACUAGAUAUGAAGUUUAAUAUACAAAUUAAAAUGCAGGAUGAUAAUAUGUCAACUUUUGAUACAAUGAAAUUUUUCGAAAAUACUAAAACUACUCAUCAAAUAGCUUUGGAUUAUUUUAAAGAUGAAUCAAAUUAGUUUUUAGGUAAAUAUUAUAGAAUAAUUAUUCUAGGAAAUUUAAUGAAAAUAUGGGAAUAGUUAUUUGACAAUUAAAAUGAAUUAUAUAAGGACAAUUUAGAAUUUUGUUAAAUCAUUGAGAGAUUGUCUUAAUAAAUAGAUAAAAUUGAUGACUCACUUAGCUCUACUCCAUAAAUAAAAAAUUACUCUCUAAAAAAAGUAGAAGCAUAAUUCUUAAAGCAUUAAAACUGA